AUGGUUAGGUGUGGGUUUCACAAUCAUAAACUAUCUGAGAAUUUAUAUGGCCAUGACAUAUUGGGUCGUCUAAAAGUUCAUGAGAGACAAUUUGUGAAUGAUAUGGCGAAGUACAACAUGGCUCCAUGGUACAUUAUUUCUGCCUUGAAAGACAAAGAUUCAGGAAACUUCACCAGUGUUACCCAAGUGUAUAAAGCUAGAGCUACAUACAAUGCGAGCAAGAGAGGUUCAUUGACGAAAAUGCAAAUGUUGUUGAGUCUUAUUCAUAGAGAGAAAUAUAUGUGUUGGACAAGAAAUAAGGAAGACUCAAAUGUUAUUGUUGAUAUCUUCUGGACACAUCCUGAUUCAGUGAAGUUGUUGAAUAUGUUUUAUUUGGUGUUGAUAUUUGAUUGUACAUACAAGACAAAUAGGUAA